GCAGGGGCGCGCGGGGCUGGCGGGCGCGCGGGGGCGGCGGGCGCGGCGCUGCCAAUCGCAGACAAAGGCCGCCCCAGUGAAUCAUGUGGUGCCGGGGGAGGAAGUGCGGCUUGUUUUCUUUCCUCCAGUCGCCGGGCUCCGGGCGGAGCGCCAUGCUCGGAGACCCCCGCGGGGGCGGCGGCGGCGGCGAGCCCCGAUGAGGCCCGAGCGCCCCCGGCCCCGCUGCAGCGCCCCCGGCCCGAUGGAGGCUUCGCCGUGGGACCCUCUCCGCAACGACUCGCUGCCGCCCACGCUGACCCCGGCCGUGCCCCCCUACGUGAAGCUCGGCCUCACCAUCGUCUACACCGUGUUCUACUCGCUGCUCUUCGUGUUCAUCUACGUCCAGCUCUGGCUGGUGCUGCGCUACCGCCACAAGCGGCUUAGCUACCAGAGCGUCUUCCUCUUCCUCUGCCUCUUCUGGGCCUCCCUGCGGACGGUCCUCUUCUCCUUCUACUUCAAAGAUUUCGUGGCGGCCAAUGCGCUCAGCCCCUUCGUCUUCUGGCUGCUCUACUGUUUUCCCGUGUGCCUGCAAUUCUUCACCCUCACGCUGAUGAACUUGUAUUUCACGCAGGUGAUUUUCAAAGCCAAGUCAAAAUAUUCUCCAGAAUUACUCAAAUACCGGUUACCCCUCUACCUGGCCUCACUCUUCAUCAGCCUCGUUUUCCUGUUGGUGAAUUUAACCUGUGCGGUGUUGGUGAAGACGGGAAACUGGGAGAGGAAGGUCAUUGUCUCCGUGCGUGUGGCCAUUAAUGACACUCUCUUUGUGCUGUGUGCCGUCUCGCUCUCCAUCUGUCUCUACAAAAUCUCGAAGAUGUCCUUAGCCAACAUUUACUUGGAGUCUAAGGGCUCCUCCGUGUGUCAAGUGACUGCCAUCGGAGUGACCGUCAUCCUCCUCUACGCCUCCCGGGCCUGCUACAACCUGUUCAUCCUCUCGUUUUCUCAGAGCAAGAACGUCCAUUCCUUUGAUUACGACUGGUACAAUGUAUCAGACCAGGCGGAUCUGAAAAACCAGCUGGGGGAUGCCGGAUAUGUGGUGUUUGGAGUGGUUCUUUUCGUGUGGGAGCUCUUACCCACCACCUUGGUCGUCUACUUCUUCCGAGUUAGAAACCCUACAAAGGACCUUACGAACCCUGGGAUGGUCCCCAGCCACGGAUUCAGCCCCAGAUCUUACUUCUUUGACAACCCUCGAAGAUACGAUAGUGAUGAUGACCUUGCCUGGAACAUCGCCCCUCAGGGACUUCAGGGAAGUUUUGCUCCAGACUACUAUGACUGGGGACAGCAAACAAACAGCUUCCUGGCACAGGUGGGAACUUUCCAACCAGACUCCAUGUUGGAUCCUGACAAGCCAAGCCAGGGGCAGCAUCAGUAAAAAAUUUUAUGGAAGAUUCCUCAAGUGAGAGGCUUCAGAGAGACUAACUCAAUGACAGCUGAAUUUUUAAUAAGGCACUUUUCCUUAAGAAAUAGGACUUGAUUUUUAUUUGUUACAGGUUUCUAAUGGCUCCAUAGGACUAAGCAAUAAUUUAGAUUGAUAAAAACCUUAUUUUAGUACUAAAAAGUGAGCCUGGCCACCUAUUUCAGUGGGUAUAAUUUAAACUUUAAAAAAAUUCUGUACUUUUAUAAAGAUGUAUUUUAUAUAACUUAAUAAUGCUAAAAUAUAUACUAGGAUUUUUUGAGAAUGUUAUUGCAAUAUAUGUUUGUAGUUUGCACAGACUUUUAUGCAUAAUUCACUUUAAAAGCAUACAGUACAUGGUCUGAUGGUUGUUUAAGGCUUUUGGACUAAAGUGUUCUUUAGGUCCUCACCUCUUCGGGUCAUGCAGAUCCGAAGCUUCUGAAUCAACUCGAAAUACAGGUGACAUCUCGGAAAGCCAGUUGCAACUCCAGUGUUAAAAGUUACGAUGUAGGAGAAUGUCCAGGACUUGUACCAGGUAAUUGGCCCCUUCCUCUGAGCUCUUUAAGGUCCAGGCAGUUGUUCCCUCAACUAAUCUCCUAAAUUUUGCCAAAAAGGUGGUAUCCUUUCAACAGGGCAUUAAUGCAUACGCUUCGGUGAUGAGUCGGUGUGUUAAAAACCGAGUGGACUCACGCUAUUAAACGUACUCUGCUCUAUGUGGAAACUUUGCCUGGUUUUUCAGCCCAGUGAAAUCUGAUAAGCGGUACCUGAGGGCCUCUGCAGGACAGCUCCAUUCCCAAAGCACUGAUGGUUCCUUACCUUCAAGGAACAAAGGAGAGGUUCUCGCAAGGGGAGGAGCAAGAAAUGCCCUUGAUCCAGAAGACGCAACAGGUUUCCUGUAAUUUCCCACCGUAUUUCGAGUAAUGCCCUUUAUUUUUAAAUAGCUCUGAGAGCAGCCUAUUAGAAACUGCAACUUUAAAAAGGGCAGUUUUCUGUAGCAGGAUUCCUGCCUCUUAGCCACGCAAAAGGGUGUGUUCCAGACGAUUGCUUAGAAGUCCUCUUCCGUUUAAAUGAGACCCCUGUCCUGAAAUACUGGUUCCCCAGCCACAGGUGCUACUCUGAAACCUCCAAGAUCUUCUAGAAGUACAACUGCCUCGAAUGCAAAACCGUGGUGCAUGGCUCUGUCAGUUGAAUGCUCCGAUUUUCUGUAAAUCGGAGAGAAGGUACUAGAGGAAGUGCUGUUACCAGAAAGUAUCUGCUCUGCCUACGAAAUCUUACAUCUCUGCACAGGAGGAGGAGAUGAAGAGAAAGUUAUAUUAAUAAGCUCUGCCUUCAGGAUGAAACCCAUUUCAAAAUGUCUUUUUUUUUUUUUUUUUUUUGUGGUCUUCAGAAAUAACUUAUCUCUGGGCACUGAUUUCA